CAACACUCUUUUCUCAAAGUGGUAUGCAUCUGAAAAGUUAAAGGCAACGAGGUACUACAUGCUGAUUGGCCGUGCUGAUGCUGUCCACUAGCGCAAGCAUUCACCAGGCUAACCCCAAACAGCCAAAUUCCAAUUGCCCUCGCAAAAAAAUUCCCGACAUCGUUAGAACUCCCGAACCACCACCGCCGCUGCCGCAAGACACAAGAUUUUUUUUCUCUAUUUUGUAUAUCACCACAGUGCCUGUUAUGCGCCUCCUUUCCCGCCCCCAAGGCCCUUGGCAAUUACAUGUGAUAGCGUCGCGAGUCAAUGGCGCAUGGGCAUGCCAGCGGCGGCACAAAUCCAUCACAUCGGCCAUUGAGCGGGGUCGACACGAGACACGAUCAUUCCAGGAACGGUCAUUCCAGGAACGGCCUUUCAGGGCGCCGCGCUCUCAAAAUAGCUGGGAUGAAGAGAGUAACCGGAGCGAAGGGACUUUCAGGCAUGCAAGAGAAAGACGAACAGGAUUCGACCGGUUUGAAGAACGACGGCGAGAUGGAGAGAGGUAUGAGAAGGGAAGAGGGAUACGCUCACCCGCAGGACGAGAUUAUAGCGAUGGUGCAAGGGCAGGUCCGCGUGA